UGGAAUUCGGAAAAAAUGUGAGAAGCAAGCUGAGCCUCCCCGCGCAUGCGCUUUGGUCUCCUUAGCAACGCUCGGUAAAUUUGGAGCCCUCCCUUCGGAGAUGUUGGUGAACGUCGUGAAAAACUGCUGAAAACAAACAGAGUUGGGACGUUUCUGGACAGACAACGGCGAUUUGCGCUCUUCUAAACCGGAGCCAUGGAUGCUGCAGGCACUCUUGAGCUACAGUGGGCCCAAGGCUACAAUGGUACCUCAGCCCAGUACAUUGAUGCCAAAACCCUGGUCCAUUCCUGCGGCAGCACGGUCAAGUUCAUUGACACAGAAACCAAACAGGAGACGGUCUUCCCCACCCCAGGGGAGGGGGUUGGUCCGCUCGCAGUCAACAGCAACUUUGGCGUCUUUGGAUUUAGUGAGCAGUGUCCUCAGCCAAGAAUCUUUGUGUUCCAGUACCCAGGAUUCUUACAACAAGCUAUUUUGAAAGAUGAAAAAGGUGCACAGCUGGAGUACCUGUCCAUCAGUUUCUCAGCUGGCUACCACCUGGCUACUUACUCAGGAGUGCCUGACCAUUCCAUAGCAGUUUGGAACUGGCGUGAGGGAACCAUCCUGUGCAGCCAGUCUGUGUCUCACCCCCCUCCCCAGGCCAGCCUCACAGUCAGCCCAUCCAACUGGAGACAGCUGUGUCUACUCGGGGAGAAACACUUGUCAGUGUGGCAUGUGGAACAGUGCAACAAAACAUUUCUACUCCUUUCAACGAAGGUAAACCUGCCCGCAGAAGACGGCACCCUCCCCGAGCGUGAGAAUCUGAACGACGCUCCCAUCAGACAGCCGGUCCACAUCACGGGCGCUAACACGGAGAUCCGUAUGACCCGUGCUGCCAUCGCGGGAGUGGUGGGGGAGAACGCUGAGAACCUGGACGUGGGAGAGGACGUGAAGCCGAGGGUGAAGCUGGUGUCUCAGUGCUGGAGCCCUGGAGGGGACAUCUACGUGGGGUGUGCAGGGGGACAACUGCUGAAGAUUGAAGCUGACACCCAUAAAGUGAAGGUCCUUCUGAAGCCUGAGAUGGGCCUCCUGUCACGUGAGUCCAGCGCCAUCCUGCCACAGGCUGCUGGGUCACUGGAGGACCUCCACAAGGGAACAUCUCUCACAGAGGGUAUACCAGAAGAGCCAGCUGCUGAGGAAAGUCAGCAGGAGGCUGCAGAAGAAACCAAGCUGCAGAGAGGAGACUCUGUGUUCCUGCCUGAGGGUCUCCGUGAGGGGAGUUUAAACUGUAUAACACUGCACAAGAAUGGCCUGUAUGCAGGAGGAGAGGACGGCACCCUACGACUGAUCAGCCUGGCCUCUAAAGACAGCUAUCUAUCUGACGUGUACAAGGGUUCUAGUCCCAUCACCUCACUUGGCUUCUCAGCGGACUACCAACACCUGGCUGUGGGCACAUCAAGGGGUUCUGUGCACAUGUAUGACCCCAGUGCCCCCGGGUCAGCAGCAGACCUCCUGGAUGUCCAUUUUGGGGACAUGGUUGGCCUGGCUCCUCUCGGACCUGGCACCAAGCACUGUGUGACAUGCCGUGAAGAUGGUGAGGUGCAGGUGUGGUCUGUGGAAGAGCCCAGUCUGGUCACAUGUAUACCCAUAGGUGUGCAGGCCACUAGUCUGGUGUGCAGCCCCUCUGCUGAGGUUGCAGCUGUCGGGACCAAGUCUGGCCAUGUGUACUUUGUGGACCUGUCCAACCUGCAGAGCCCCAGGAUCAUCUACAGACACCACAUGCACCAGGGGCCGGUACUGCACCUCAUGCAUGACAGGGAGGGGAAGGUCCUGGUGUCAGGUUCAGAUGACGGGUAUGUGUUCGUCAUGGACCCACGGCCGUCCACGGAGUUUAAAAUCUUGGGAUACAUAGCUGUUGCAGGAGAAAUCACUAGCGUGUCUGUACUGAACGAGGGAAACUCUGGGUCAGGGGUCAAGAUAGUGGUGACCUCCGACCCCUCUCCCCAAGCCAGUCCACAGGCGCCUGCGACCCAGCUCGUCAAGUUUGACCUGUCGGACGCUGUGCUCAAAGAUCCCAGCAGUGUCCAUGGCAGCACCAGAUGUGACUUUACUGAUGAGGGAGUGCAGAAGCAGACAUGGAAGCUGUCAGUACCCUGCUAUGGAGCCUGCCUGGCUCCAGGUGGACUGGUGUACGCAUUAGCACACAACAACAAGAGGCUGCAGAGGUUCAACCUGGCACAGGCUAACGGAGAGGAUGAGGAGAAUAACCACACGCUCCAGCCUGAUGAGGAGUACCCGAGUCACCAGCUCCCCGGAGGUACCGUCAUGUUGUCCACCCAUCAGCAGUGGCUGGCCUCCUGCUCACCAGAUGGCAGGGUGGCUGUCAGGACCCUACAGCAGAUCGAGCGAUGGAGUGAGGUGGUGGCCCACAGUUUUGCCACAGGAGGAGUGGGGUGGAUGAGGUUCAGCACAGACAUGCAGUACCUCUUCACCAUCGGCAGCAAGGAUGGUGCCCUCACCUGCUACAGGUGGAAUUUCAGCCAGGCCGGUAAGACAGAGGCAAGUGAGGCCAUGGAGUUUGCUCGCGGCCACAACACCAAGAUGCACAGCCUGCGCCGGUUGGAGGGUGCAUCUGCGGCCACCAUGCCGGAGUGGUCCAUGGUGAAGACUGUUUCUCACACGGACUCCAGGCCUGACUCCGCCACCCAGCGGGAAGAAAAGUUAAAGAGUCGUAAGGAGGAAGCCAUGUCCAAAGAUGAGAUCUUCAGCACUCCCACCCCAACUCCUGCAUCUGAUGCCACCUGGCUGGAGAACAAGAUACAGCAGGCCAUCCGUUUGGAGAGUCAGCAGUACUCAGACCUUAAGAAGGACCUCAGGUCUCAGAUCAGAGACAUGCGCAGGACUAUCCACUCCAUGAUGGCAGAGAAUGCUGAGCGGCCCGACAUCGAGAAGCUGGACCGGUCAGAGUUUAACUUGGACACAGCAGAACAGAAGAGGAUGCAGGCUGAUGCUGAUUCCAGGGUGGCAGCGCUGCGGGAAGAGCUGGAGUUCAAGAUGCUGGCCCUGCAGUACCUCCGCGACCUCAUCAAGAGGGAAUGCUGGGAUUCCAUGAAGGUCAAGGGUCGCAACGUACUGGCAUUCCACACUAACACUGAUGUGAGCAACUACCCUCUCCGAGAACGGACUAAAGUAGAAAUGGAUGAAGUGGCUCGGGUCACCAGAAUCAGGAAGAUAGAGAUUGCAGAGCUUGUGGCAUGGAAGGAAAUCAGCAAAACAGAAGCAGCAUUUGCUGUGUCCAGGACUCCAGGACCUGACGAUCAAUUCCCUGAUGAUGCUAGUGUCCUAUCAGAUUUUGAUAACAAUGCCCGUAAGGAAGUAGUAGAGCUGACGACGAAGGCAAGCACGGGUCAGAAGACCAGCCAGGAGGAGGAACUGUUGGACGAUGAGGAAGGAGCGGAGGGGAAGGAGGCCCCAUCUGUCACCGGCAGUCUGGCUGUGGACUACGGAGGGGACAACGAGUUCUACUACAGCCAGUUUGACCUGCACACCAGGGAGCAGAAAAUCAACCAGAUUGUGCUACUGAAGGAUGCCAUCUAUCGCAUGAAGGAAGCGUUCAACAAACAGUUUGAGUCAGUUUCCCAGAUGAAGCAGCAGGAGAUGGUGCGUAUCAAGGAGCGCAACGCUCGCAUCACCAAGAUCCUGUCUGACCUGGACCAGGCGGAGGAGGCCUGGCAGCCAGCCCUCACUAUCGACGAGCAGCCUGAGAAACUGCUGGUGGUGGAAGACAGUGAGGUGAAAGUAGAAAAGUAUGUCAGUCCAGAGGAGCAAAAAGUUAUUGACCAACAGAAAAAGAAGGAGGAAGAGCGCCGCCUUAAGGAACAGGGUGACAACGCUCGGGAACGUGGGCUGGUUGACAUGAUGGGCGGAGUCUUGGAGGUCAAGAAGGAGGAUGAACUGAAGCAGGACGUCCCCAAGCCCGGGUUCAUGGCAGAGGGGAAGCCUGAGGCUGAGUGGACUGAGGAGGAGAAGAAAGCAGUGGUGGACUAUGAGAAGAAAGUCAAGGAACUGAAUGAAGAGAGGGAGAAGUAUCGUAAGAAUCUUGAGGCAGAGCUGAAGAAGUUGCAGACCCAGAACGCUGAAGGGUCAGCUUCGUUUGACGAGGCUCUCGGUCAGCUGUUCAAGAGGAAGGUGAAGACUGAGAUGGUCAUUAACCAGGAGGAGUUGAAGAUUGUGCGUAUGGAGCUGUUGCUCCUUGCGGAGGAGGAGCUGGCAUGUCGCGAGGAGGAGCUCUACCGUCUGCUGGACGUCAAGAAGACCGCCAAAGUCGAGGCGGCGGCUCGCCAGCAGGAGGCAAGGGCAGCCGUCGAACACUUCCGGGAAGAGUACGAGAAUAUCGUGGCCGAGGACAAGGUGAUGGAUAGAGCUUUCAAGAAAGACUUUGCAGAUGUCCCCGCCCAUCUUCAAGAUCCGCUCUAUAAAGCCUUUAAGAGGAGACCCAGGGUACAGAGGUUCCGUACCCAGCUGGACCCGGCCACGGCAGCAGCCAACCCAUUUGCAGACCGUCCUCCGUCUGCACGUGUGAGUUUACACGCCAGCCAGUCUCUCUACACGGCGCUGGACGAGUUUGACGGGCCCGCUAACAUUCCUGACGGGAUUGAGCCGUAUGUUUGGCAGCGACUGUGUGAGACACGGAGACACAAGGUGGAGAAGGAACAACAGGUGAAACAGAAGGCCCUGACGCUGGCCGAGAUGAACGCCUUCCUGCAGAAACGCACGGAGGAGGACGACAGGCUCAUGGACGAAAUUGACGAUCUCAUCACUUUACAGAACAAACUGAGGGAGGACAAGAUGCGGUGGAUGUUGAACCUGGAGGUGCAGUUCCUACUGAAACAGGGGCAGGUGGAGGUGGACUCUGGGCCCUUUAUCCACGACUACAGCGACUCCAUCCUCCUGCACAGGGGUGUCAUCGAGGACCUCAACUCCAACAUCAAGACUCUGGGAGAUGCCAAGUUGCAGAUCAUGGUGGAGAGCAAGGACUUCAGGAAGGGAAUUCAUCAGCUUGAGUGGGAGAGAAGAAGAAUGCAGAUGCAGAAGUCAGACCUGGACACUAAGGCUCGAGACAUCCAGAUGUUCCGUAUGACGAAAGAUCUGCAAGUGUACCUGGGUGAUGAGGACCAUUCUGCUAUGACAGCUCACCAGAUCUCUGUACUGGAGCAGACCAUUGCUUCACAGACCAAGAACCAUGAGAAGCGUGUUGAAGAGUACGAGAGCCAGCUGAAGGAGCUGAAGAGAACAAUCCGCCGCAUGGAGGAACAGAACCGAGGGCUGGACAAGGAGCUGGAGGAACUCAACGUGUCUGUCUUUGAGAGGAAACACAUCAACGAAGUCAAUGCUGACGUCCGCAGUGAUGCUGCGGCAGAAAAGCGCAUGGCUGACAUCGUGCAGCGGAGGAAGCUGGUGGACCUGGCGAAGGCGCAGGCUCAGGAGGUGGCCGUGCUGCGUGCUGAGGUGGAGAGACUGCGCAUGAGGACCUUCCCUGCCCUGGUGCAGGUGGAGCACUGAGGCUGUACAGUUACUGCUGUGUAAUUUCUUCAUAGUAAACAUAUACGUAGGGCCUGGUCACAUUCACCGUACGAUUGUUGUAUGAUGGCAAACUGAAGGCAUGGUUGGGACGUUCAUGAAUGUGUUGUACAAAAUUCAGCUGCCUUGUUAUAGAAAAGGCUGUCUUAGAUCCUUGUCAGUACCAGUGGUUGGUUCUGUCACAACAUGGUUGAAAAUUCUACGACAUGAAAAUUGUACGAUAAUCUACAAAGAAUGUGACCACACUGUAAUCACUGUUUUGCUUCCAUCUUCUAAAAUGCAGCACCAGUACUACAGAUUAGUGUUGAAAUCAUUAAAUUCAUUAUGUAACAGUUAAGGAAAUUCUCUGUAGUUUGGACAUUGUGAAAAGAACAGAUAUUUUGUACAGAAUGUGCAACACUAUAUAUUGGAGUCCUUGCUCUAAAUAAACUUCCCAGGACACUCGGAGUGAAAGUAACAGAGCACAUUGCACUGCUCAUAAUAUACAAAUAAGUUUUUUUCAUUUUUUCUGACACAUACAUGUGUACAUGUAUUAUUGCUACAUAUAUGAGCAAUUUUCAUACUGUCUACAAUGUAUACUUCUUGCUCAACAUACAAUGUGUGAAGUCUGGUGAGCCAAGUUUUUUUCAACACUAUGCACGUUUCAUAGUCCAUGUUGUAAAUAUUGUUGGUGAAAGAAUGAAUAUGAAUGUUAGAUAUCUAUUUUUAUGUACAGCAUAACCUUACAAGGGUUUGUGAUCUUGUUUGAAAAAGAAUAAACAUUCCACACUGUA